CAGCUGUUUUACACCAAAACAAACUAACAACACGUGAAACAUUUUAAGAAUAAAUAAAUACUUUUAGAAGUAAUUUAAGGCCAAAAUGUCUUCCCCCAGUGAACCUUCUUCGGCCUCUGAGCAGGAGGCAUCCAGUGACGAUGAAACUCAAAAUGCCAUUCGUCAGGAUCUCAAGGGAAUGUCUUUCGGGGAGAUAAUGAAACUCAAGGAGGAACUCGGCGCCAAGGUCUACAAAGAGGCUGUUCUUGGGGGCAAAAGUUCAAGACCACAAAAGCCCAAAGCUAAAUCAGACCUCAAGCGCCUAAACAAAAAUAGACCCCGUGAAAUGAGCACCAGAAGACAGGUCCCAUUUUUGGGGGCAGAACUCAGAGUGGAGCGAAAGAAAGCUGUGGAACUUCGUGACCCAAGAUUCGAUGAGAAAUCGGGAACGUACAAUGCCGAAACUUUUAAAAAGAACUACCAAUUUGUCUCCCAAAUUCGUGCAAAGGAAGUUGGUCAGUUGAAAAAACAAUUAGACGUAGUGGAAAACGAUGAGGAAAAGCACCAAAUUAAGGACACUAUGCAGCGACUUAUCAACAAGAACGUGGAGGACAAGAAAUGGCACACUAAGCAAAAGCAACUUAGAAAAGAGCGCGCUGGCAUUCAGAAGAAACAUAACGAAGGAGUGCAACCUCAUUAUCUUACAAAGAAGGAGCGUCGUGCCAAGGAACUGGUGGCCCAAUUUGAAAAGCUGAAAAGCACCGGGAAACUGAACAAACAUCUCGAAAAGCGACGCAAGAAGAACGCCGCCAAGGAUCGCAAACGCAUUGGCAUAGAAUAAGACUUUCAAUUUAAGAAUAAAUGUAUUUUUAACAAUUAA